AUGGUAUUUCUGAAAAUUAUUGCUAAAACUUUUUUGUGUCAACAAUAUUUAGAGUGUAAUGGGUUUUUGGUCUUUUUAACUGGUCAAGAAGAAAUAGAAACUGCAAUUAAUAUUAUCAGAAAAACAAAAAAGAAUGAAAAAUCAGCCGAGAAGAAACAAUAUGAGAACAUUUUUGCACUUCCACUUUAUGCAGCAAUUCCAACAGACAAACAAAAUCUUAUUUUCUCAUCUACUCCAAAUGUAAAUAUAAGUUUUAAAAAAUUUUUUAAACAAUUAUUAUUUUUAUGGGGCUCUCGAAAAGUUGUUUUUUCAACAAAUAUUGCUGAAACGUCAAUCACUAUACCAGGAAUUCGUUUAAUUAUUGACUCGGGGAAAAUGAAAAGACGCACAUUUUCUCCUCAAAAUCAUAUGGAUGUACUUGAAGUAGUAAAUAUUUCAAAGGCCCAGGCUAUACAGCGGGCUGGACGUGCAGGACGUGAAGCUCCGGGAAAAUGUUAUAGACUAUAUUCUCAACACGAUUAUGAGGGAUUUGAAUCGGUGGAGGUGCCUGAAUUGCUUCGUUCAAAUAUAUCUUCGGUUUUGCUGAGCCUUAUUAAUCAUAGUUUAUCCCGUCUUGAACAAAUGAGCAAACUUAUUGAUUCUCCAAGUAAUGACCAACUUCAAUCGGCCACGUCCGAAUUACUUGCAUUAAAUGCUAUCCAUUUGGAACAAAUAGGGGAUCAUUUGAAUGUUCAUAUAACAGAGGAAGGUCAAAGCCUUAUUUUGUUUCCAGUUGAGCCAAUUCUUGCAAAAAUACUUUUGGCUGCUUCAAGGCUUAAUUGUCUCGAAGAAGCUUGUACAGUUGUUGCCUUUCUUUCUGUUGAACAUAUUUUUCAAAAUAAUAAUCAAGAAAUUUUUUGUAAAUUAGAAACUGGGAAAUAUGGCCAAGAAGAUUCUUCUAAUUCACUUAAUACCUCUUUAGCUAACUUCAAUACUAAUGAUGGUGAUCAUGUUCGUUAUGUUAAAAUUUUUAGAAAAUAUAGUAGUGACAAAACUGCAAAGAAAGAUAAGGCUUUUGUUUUCUCUGAACUUAUUAAAACAAAUGAGAUUUAUGCUCGUGAUAUUUGUCCAAUUGAACUAGAUUGGAUUAAAGAAUCUCAGGAAAUUUGUUGUACAACAAAUCGCGAAUUGGAUCGUGUUAAGCAAUUAAGAUUAGUUACAAGUCCUUGUUCUUCAAUUUCUUCGACCUCCUCUAAUUCUCAAAGAAAAGGAAUAUUACCUAUUAAAAAAACAAAAACACCAAUAAUUGCUGAACAAAAAAAUGUAAUUCAACCUCGUAAAGUAAAAAUAACAGAAAAAAAGAAUAACAAACCAGCAAAUAAGCAAAAUGCCAAAAACAACGGAAACGAUAAAAAAGUGAAGGAAAAGGAUGAAGAAGAAAUUGAUGAAAAGAAAGAUGAAAAAGAUAAUUCAGAAUGUAAUGGAACAAGAUCAAAAUUUUCUCGACAGAAUCUCGGAGUUAGUCAUAUUUUAGUUCAAAUUCAAAAGGAUGCACUUGCUCCAGUUGAAAAAGUUAAACAAAAAUUUGAAAAUAAUAAUAGAGGCAAAAAAAUAGCAGAAAAGAGAAGAAAAAAGGAGGCAAAAGUUAAACCUCUUGUUGCUUAUGAAGUAUCGAGUGGUUCAGAAUCAACAAAAAAUGAGGAUGAAGAAAUUUUAAGUGAUGAUAGUUUAUUUCAGGAUUUAUAA